UGUGUAUACAAACGCACCGCGUUGUUAUUAUUGAAGGGGGAAAGGAAAGGUAGACACAGGAAACCCGCAGUCUCCAAUGGUUCUGCUCUCGGUCAUCCAUGCGCAAUACCGAACCGCAACAGCCCAGCACCUGCUAACCGAAUCCACCGGGAUAUAAGAGAUACUACAACCACAUGGAUGCGACGAAUGCUUGAAAAGCACUACUAAAAAAAAAAAAAAAAGAAAAAAGAAAGAAAGAAUCAUGCAUGCUGAAAACAUUUAAACAUUUAUUGCUUUGAAAACAGAAUAUACGAUCAUGUCUGACACCUGACAAAUCCAUUUGCACUGAGCGGACAGUUGCAACUUUCUGAAGUUUCCCCGUCCUCGCCUGGAUACACGUUGCGCAUCUCUUCGUUUCUUGCGGGUUUUAUCUUUUUAAGAAAGACGAGACGGCGACUUCAGUUGAUUAUCUGUCCUUUCUCUGUUAUCCGAUGGAUAUUCACUGUAAGGCAGACCCCUUCUCCGCCAUGCACCGGCACGGGGGAGUGAACCAGCUGGGCGGGGUGUUCGUGAACGGAAGGCCUUUACCUGACGUCGUGCGCCAGAGAAUCGUGGAGCUCGCGCAUCAAGGGGUCAGACCCUGUGACAUCUCGAGACAGCUCAGGGUCAGUCACGGCUGCGUCAGCAAGAUUCUGGGCAGAUAUUAUGAGACGGGCAGCAUAAAACCUGGAGUGAUCGGCGGAUCCAAACCCAAAGUGGCCACGCCGAAGGUGGUGGAUAAAAUAGCGGACUAUAAGCGACAAAAUCCCACCAUGUUCGCCUGGGAGAUCCGGGACCGGCUGCUGGCGGAGGGAAUCUGUGAUAAUGACACCGUCCCCAGCGUCUCCUCCAUAAACAGGAUCAUUCGGACGAAGGUUCAGCAACCAUUUCACCCCUCUCCAGAUGGGACGUUGCUAUCCACCCCAGGACACACUAUAGUUCCAAAUACAGCAUCUCCUCCUCUCUCGAGUUCUUCCAACGACCCCGUGGGCUCCUACUCAAUAAACGGCAUUCUGGGAAUCCCUCGCUCAAAUGGAGAAAAGCGCAAAAGAGAUGCUGAUGGUUCAGAGGGUUCAGCACAGAGCAGUGAUUCUCAAGGCAGUGUGGAAAGCUUGAGAAAACAUCUACGAGCAGAUGCCUUCACCCAGCAGCAGAUAGAAGCAUUGGACCGAGUGUUCGAGAGGCCAACAUUCCCUGACGUCUUUCCCAGUUCAGAUCACAUCAAACCAGAGCUGGCAAGUGAGUACAGCCUCCCUGCAUUAAACACAGGCCUGGAGGAAGUCAAACCCAAUUUAUCGUCCAGCAUGACCUCUGACCUGGGCCCCAGCGUGUCACAGAGCUACACUGUAGGUCGGGAUAUGGCCAACACAACCUUACCUGGAUAUCCACCUCACGUCCCGCCCACUGGACAGGGAAGCUACCCAACAUCCACACUGGCUGGAAUGGUUCCUGGGAGUGAAUUUUCAGGGAAUCCCUACAGCCAUCCACAGUACACGAGCUACAACGACGCCUGGAGAUUCAGCAACCAAGCAAUAUUGAGUUCCCCCUAUUAUUAUAGUGCAUCCAGAGGCUCCGCCCCCCCAACUGCUGCCACUGCCUAUGACCGCCACUAGUUACCACGGGAACCAAAUUAGGUUCCACGCCCACGGCCUUGGACUUCAUAUUCUGCCAGUGUGAGCAAUGCAGCCGAUUGGACAGAGAGUGGUUUCAUGUGGUCACAUGGGGAAGAACAGACCAAUCAGGAUGAUUCUCGACCACAAUUCAACCAAUUAAAAAAGCCCCAGUGGAUUUAACCCUUGAGAAGGACCUAAAUGAUGUGAACAAUAAAUGUAUAUCAAUGACAGAGGGUAAAUAUGAUUUUUAAAAUGUAUGAUGGAAUGAACAUGCUUUUCUAAUAUUUAUUUUGUUCUCGUGAUCGCAUUUGUAUUCAUAGGUAUUUGUAUGUAAAGUGUCGUUCUAACACAUUUGAACUGUACAAUUUGAUAUGUACAAAAUAAAUGUAUGGACAGCAUCUAAAACGUAAACCCCCUUACAGUACAUAUUACCAGGGAGAUCUCCCUACAAGGGCGUAUAGAUUUGGCUUAAACAUUGGGGGGUUGCAGCGGGAAGCAUUUGCAUGUUUCCAUUGAUCAUGGGGGGGUGUACUUGCUUGUUUUGAUUAUUGAGUGGGGUUACCUUCCCCCAUCCCCGCUGGAAUCUACGCCCCUGUCUCCCUACAUUCUUAAACUGCUUGUAUAUUUUGCAAUAUACUUUUGCUUAUUGAUCCUAUCCUCAUAACUUUACAAAAACUUUAAAUCAAUGGUUUUAUAUUUUUCCAUCGUUUUUAAUCUGAUUUGUUCUUUUGUUUUUUUUGUCUGAUUUUCAAAUCCUUUUUUUUUUUUAAUCAAAGUUUGUAAGGUGAUUCACAUCGGAGCUGGAUGCUUUUGUUCAUGGCUCACAACUCUUUUAUUAAGGACUUUAUGAAAUCCCUAUGGAAAAAAACAAAUGGGAAAAACACUUCAGUAACCAAGAUGGCUGGGAAAAGUGGGCGGGCACUGUUGCGCUGUAUUUAAUGCAGCCAAACAAAGAAUGCAAAAUACUUUUAUUGGUGCAAUCUGGAUUUAAUUGAUAAAAAAUACCUUUAAAUUGCCUUUGCAUCAGCAAUUGAAGUUCCAAACUCUCAUACCAAACACAAUUCAUAAAAAUUUGUACGUCUCUGAAGCAAGGGCGUAGCCAGGAAAUUACUUUUGGGUGGGCCUCAAUAGAAAUGGAUGGGCCCAAUUUUUUUUUUUUUUACCAAAUUUUCCUUAACAACAGAAAAGCGGUGCAUUCAAACAGUUCUUUCACACUUAUAGAAAUCAGAAUGUAUGCAUUUUAUUUUUAACUAUUUUAUAAAUAUAUAUUUGAAGUCAAAGAAUCAUCCCAAAUAUUCUGGGUGAGCCUGGGUCUAAUUUGGGUGGGCCCAGGCUCACCCCGGCCCACCCUUGGAUACGCCACUGCUCUGAAGUUUAAGGGUUUACGUUUUAGAUGUUUUCAACACAAUGAUAUUGUAUACAGUAUUUCAGUGUCUUUUCAAACAUACAUAAAUGCACUUUACAUGCAAAUACGGAUGAGUAUGAAUGAGAAUGAAAACCGGGAUGAACAACAAGGAAACUCACGAGGACUCUCAACUUGAACUAUCACACUAAACUAUCACUUAAUGUGAUCUCUUAGCAUGGAAAACAGCAAAAGGCCAACUCGUCGCUCUCAACGUCAGAGAGAAAUAAUCAGACAUGAACAACAAGGAGGUGAGAAACGAGGGGGCAGUUAUGUCUUCAAGAAGCAAAACAGACCUGCUGUCAAUCAGGCCAGAUUUGAUUUAAAAUGAAAAUAUUCUAAGACAAUUUGUUUUAUUUUUUUAUUUAAUUUUUUUUAUAAUGGUAUCAUGAAGGACACUGCAGUAUGCAUGGACUAUUUUCAUUUGUUAUACAUUUUUCAAUGUUUUUGAUUACUGGAUCAAAUUAUGCAUCAAAUUCUCAGUGUUAUGUUUUUGCACAAUGAGUAUCUUCAGUCUGAAGUUUAAAAUCAGUCAUUAGCCAAAAUUCUGUAAUCAUUUACUCACUCUCAAGUCAUUCCAAACCCUACAAAAGGAAAUUUAAGUCUUUAUUCACUGAGAAUCUUCACUUAUGGCUCUCAAAUGAAACAUGGCGCCUAUGGCAUAGGUUUGACAUCAUGAAAUGUGUUUUUUUGAGUAUCUAAACCAAUUACACUUUAUUUUACUGAUAUCAAAACUGUGAAGAUUCUUUAAAAUGUAUACUUUUUUUUUUUUUUUUUUCAACAUAUGGUUUUGGAAUGACAAUACGUUGAGUAAAAAAUUAUAGAGUUUUCAUAUUUGGGUGAACUAUCCUAAUUAAAAUGAAGCAUUUUAGAUAAAGAAACAUGUACUACUGAUCUGAUGAAACAUUUAAAACUCAAAAUAUGUUUACAGAAUAGUUUGCCGCUGUUCACUCAAUCAACAGAUGGGUUGGUCAUUAUUUAUCGGCUUUGUGAUUCAUAAUUCAGGCUCGGCUUUGAUGGAACAACACACCCAGUUUUGGGAUCGUCAAGCUGUUUCAGUUACGCAAAAAAUAAAUAAAAAAUUGCACAGUUUAAUGCUUUAUAACAAGUGCAAUUCCACAACAUUUCAAUUUCAAAAUCAUGUACUGUACACUCCGGUUUGAUUUCCUGUUUGGUCAAAGAUUUUGCUUUUUUUAUCAAUAUUUUACAGGUGAGAGAAUGUACUUGUAUCACAUUUGCCAAAGACUUUUUGUUGAUGUUUUUGUUUAAUUUGCAGUCAGGACAAAUGGUAUUAUACUAAAAACACUUCAAUAUAUGUACAAAAAUUCUAUGCAGAGCAAAGAAAAUCAGUUGUACGCAAAAACUACAAGACUACUGACAUGUUUUGUUCAUUAUUUAUGCUAUUUUGUGAAAUAAUGAUUUUCUAAAUUUUGUGUGAAAUUUAAUUUCUGUACUGUAAAUACAUUCUGAUGAAA